GAAACAGAAUAGAAACUGCAGUCAAAACAUAAACAGAGCGGUCAACCUUGUGCCAGCGCAGGUACCUUACUCCUCAGCCCUCACUCACGUGCACAUCCAUGUGGUGUGCCUUUCCUUUGAGAUCGUCAUUUUAUCACACAUAGCACGACUGCCAGGUUAAAACCAGCGAGGACCGACGGCAGCAGAUCCGAUUUAGGACGAGCCUGACAAGUGUACGCUUCGUGGGGCCUUCGAGGCUGUCCUGUGGAUAGCGGGAGGCCAAACUGGACGACAUGGCAGAGUCUGACGGGAAAUCCAGCGCUACUAACGGUGUCGCUGAGAGUGAUAUCUCUGAAGAAACAGGACAGGAUACACUUGAUGAAGGAAAUGCCUCUGGGAGCAAAGGAGAUGAACAAACUGCCCCCAAUCAGCCGGGAGAAGGGUCUCGUGUCUCGGAGCCCUCUGCACCUUCAGACGCCGAGUCAGGGGUUGGGGGAGAGGGAGGACGCGAGGAGGAAGACACGGACAGCAUGGACGGCGGCGGCCUGUUCUCCCUGACGGAGGACGGCGGGCGGAAGCGCGAGGGCGCCAGGAGAGAGCGGGCGAGGGCGUCGGACGGCGCCCGGCGAACGGCAAGGAAGCGCAACCGACCGGCCCUCGUCCCCAACCGCUCCUCCACCACCGACGAAGACGAGGACGACGACGAGGACCACGAGGAGGAGGACGAGGAAGAGGAGGACGAGGACGAGGAGGACGCACAGGCCAUGGAGAUGUGGCUGGGCUCGGACGUGACUGACCUGCGGGGCCCCACCUGGCGGGCGGUGCCCUCGCUGCGCUCCCGGGAGAUCGGGCGCAACUCGCAGCAGUUUGUGCGGCGGGUGUGCGGCGCCCGCGGCCUGGUGCAGCGGCUGGAGCUGCAGGGGCGGCUGGAGAGACACACGGGCUGCGUCAACACGCUGCACUUCAACCCGUCGGGCACGCGGCUGGCGUCGGGCAGCGACGACCUGCGCGUCAUCAUCUGGGACUGGGCCGUCCGCCGCGCCGUGCUGGAGUUUGACAGCGGCCACAAGAGCAACGUCUUCCAGGCUAAGUUCCUGCCUCACAGCGGCGACAGCACCCUAGCGAUGUGCGCGCGCGACGGACAGAUCCGCGUGGCCGAGCUGUCCGCCACACAGCGCUGCAAGAGCACCAAGCGUGUGGCCCAGCACAAAGGGGCCGCCCACAAGUUGGCCCUGGAGCCCGACUCUCCCUGUUCGUUUCUCUCGGCCGGGGAGGAUGCGGUGGUGUUUGGUAUUGACCUGCGCCUCGACCGACCCGCAAACAAACUCACGGUUGUGAAGGAGGGCGAUAAGAAAGUUGGGCUGUACACUAUCUUUGUCAAUCCUGCCAAAACCCACGAGUUCGCAGUGGGCGGCCGAGAUCAGUACAUCAGGAUCUACGACCAGAGGAAGAUCAACGAGAACGAUAACAACGGCGUGCUGAAGAAGUUCUGCCCCUCUCACCUGGUGUCCAGCGAGUCCAAGACCAACAUCACCUGCCUGGUGUACAGUCACGAUGGCACAGAACUGCUGGCCACUUACAACGACGAGGACAUCUACCUGUUUGACUCGAGCCACAGCGACGGAGCCGACUACCGGAGGAGGUACAAGGGCCACCGCAACAACGCCACAGUGAAGGGGGUGAACUUCUACGGGCCGUCCAGUGAGUUUGUGGUCAGCGGGAGCGACUGCGGCCACAUCUACCUGUGGGACAAGUACUCGGCCCGCAUCGUCCAGUUCAUAGAGGGGGACCUCGGAGGAGUGGUGAACUGUUUGGAGCCCCACCCCCACCUGCCCGGCAUGGCCACCAGCGGCCUGGACCACGAUGUCAAGCUGUGGACCCCCACCGCUGAGCAGCCCACUGGCCUCAAGGGCCUCAAGGAGGUGAUGAAGAAGAACAAGCGGGAGCGCGACCAGGACAGCGUGCGGCACGGCGACCAGUACGACACCCAGCUGCUGUGGUUCCUGAUGCGCCACAUGAGGCACCGUCGGCCCCAGAGGGCUCGUCGAGAGGGGGCCGAUGGUGACACGGACGAAUCCUGGAGCUCUCCAGACUCGUCGGACGAAGAAGACGGAGGCCCAGAUCACGUCCAGUGCAUGUCUUCUUGAGCCACAAGCGCGUAGUAACGAAAGCGCGCACACACACACACACACACACGCUCAUACUUUGUUGCCCUUAGAAAAUCGAUGCUUACGGGCAAGCACUAGCGACACACUGGCACACACGACAAUUUACCAAACGCUUUAUGCACACACACACAAAGAGUUAGUUUUCCUGCUAGAGGUGUACAAAACGGGCGACUUCUAGAUGGCAUAUGCAAUUAACAAAUCCUGUCUGUUUUGGUUUUUUGUCAAAAAUCCUAUUCGACCCCCUAUAACGAAAUCACUCGGGAGGUCCUGUUGUAUGUCCAUACAUAUUUCUUAUACUCCUGCCAAAUACCAACAACGAUAUACUGUGCAUGUAUGAACAGACCAACACCUCCAUUUAGGCACCGUUUCGGUAGGCUGCGACAUCACCAGCACCCCCCGUCUUUAGGUCCGGGUAACCCCCAGCUACCCCUUGAUGAGGAGGGUUAUGUACAGUAUUAGUCUUGGGCAGAAAGGAAGGCCUUGGACUCGUCGUUUGGAACGCGUACCAAUAAUGUGGCGCAUCUUCUAAUUUCUUGGCUGAUGAUCUCUUGUUUCUAGCUUUGCUUUACAAUUUUGUCUUUUUGCAUAGGCGCAGAAUGUCCCUCCCACCCCCAACCCCUACCUGAAUAACACACAAACAAUUAACGGCACUGUUGCCAUACUGUACUGUGGCUCGCUCACUCUCUCUCUCUCGCUCUCGCUCUCGCUCUCGCUCUCGCUCUCUCUCUCUUCCCCCCCCCCCCAUCGAGUGUAUUUUGAAAUCAGGGAUGUCGAAGAUUGAAACGCAGACAAAACAAACAGUGCACUUGGGCACUCGGACGUGGGGGGGGGGGGGGGGGGGCUUGGAGGGAGCAACAACAUGCUAGCGAUCGUAACGCCUGUGCUCAUACUACCCCUUAGCUCCAGGAUUUCAUUCCAUAAAGGAUUAGUCGUAUAUUUUUCAGCUUGAAGCAGAUUUCUACUGUCUGCUUUUUUCCUGUCUUUGUGAGUGGAGGGGUUAGCACUUAGCGUAUUUGUCCUUAGGAUGAAUUGAUAUCUGCUUCCAGCAGUGCUCUCUACCUACUUCUUCCCUCUCACUCAUCGUCCCCGCACUUGGCCCUGGAUGCGAUCCUUCAGUGGGGCGGACAGACGUGGCUUGUAGUUCGGUCACUGCCUAUGAGCCAAGGG